CUUUUAGAGGCUGUGUGUGAAGACAAGCCCGCCAAGAGAGCAGAGCCCUCUGAGAGAACCGAGGUCCUCCCCACAACCGAGGACCUUCAUUUACCUGUGGCUGUACCCAAAGUUCCCUCCUCACCAAGCCAUGACUUUCCUGCAGACUGGAGUAUUAAAACACGACUUCUGUUUAUGUCUUCCCAACCUUUUUCCUGGGCAGAACAUUUAAAAGCACAGGAGGAAGCUCAAGGAUUUGCUCAGCAUUGCAGAGCUACAGAAACAAACUUGCCACAGUGCGUACAGGAACCAAAACUGUCGACAGAACUGCGUUGUGCCUUUCAGCAAAGCCUCGUUUACUGGCUUCACCCCUCGCUGCCGUGGCUGCAGCUGUUCCCUCGGAUCGGAGCAGACAGGAAAAUAGUUGGCAAGGCCAGUCCUUGGUCACAGGAUGAAUCCUUGCAACAAGUGCUAAUGAGUGACUGGUCUGUCAGCUUCACUUCUCUGUACAACCUUCUCAAAGCCAAACUGUGUCCCUACUUCUACGUGUGUACAUACCAGUUCACCGUCCUGUUCCGUGCGGCCGGUCUCGCAGGGAGCGACGUCAUCGCAGCUCUCAUUUCUCCCACAACGAGAGGUUUAAGGGAAGCCAUGAGAAGCGAAGGCAUAGAGUUUUCUUUACCUUUGGUAGAGGAGAGCAGAACCAGGAAACAGAAGACUGAAGUGAAUUUGGAAACAGAAGUUGCUAACAGCCUGGAAGCAUGCGACAGUACAGAAGGUGGAGAGGAACCAGCUCCAAGCGAUGAUGACGAGGAAAGUUUCUCUUGGCUCGAGGAGAUGGGAGUUCAAGACAAGGUUAAGAAACCAGAUGCUAUUUCUAUUAAACUUCGUAAGGAGAAGCACGAGGUGCAGGUGGAUCACAGACCUGAAUCCCUGGCACUAGUGAAAGGAACAAACACGUUCACGCUGCUGAACUUCUUGAUAAACUGUAAGAGCCUUGUGGCUGUUUCAGGCCCGCAAGCGGGGCUCCCACCAACUUUGUUGUCACCUGUUGCUUUCCGAGGUGGAACAAUGCAGACGCUCAAAGCUCGGAGCAUGAACGCCAGAGCGAGGGCUCAGCGGGCGUACGAGGACAUAUUCAGCUUGGAGAUCGUGGGCCCCGUCCUGCCGCACGCGCUGCACUCGCUGGCGGCGCUGCUGCGGGCAGCGCAGGGGGGAGCGUUCUCUGCCGCCCUGUACGCCCACGAGCCCACCGCCGUCUUCAACGCCUGCCUGGGCAGCGCCAGCCCCGCCCUGGACACGGAAACCAUACGCCAAGAUCUUCCUUUGUGUGGACUGCAUCCUAAGACUUUGGAUCAGCUGAGUCAGUGUCCAACACUGGGAAAAUCUUCCAUCCGCUUUCUGGAAAUGAAGGACUAUGCUUACACCUGGAAGUCCUAG